AAAGUUGAAUUGACACUGGACAUUUAACCGAUUGCGUUUUUCCAUUUGCCGACAACACUUGAAAGUCGUGUCGACCAAGUGAGAUUCGAGUGAACGGCACCAUCAACAUUGUGCCCUGUUUAUGCACUUUUAAUCAAUGAACUCGGCUAUAUAGGCUAGUAAAACAGUCUACCUCGCAGGUGAUGUGUUUGUUGACAUCGCCUAUUCUUACAGGUAAGACUGGAUGCGUGGAUUUUGUUACAGUGCGAGGUGAGGUGAGACGAAAGACGGAAAGGUGGGCUGGCCUUAGUGGGGCUGGGUUUUGUUCUCAUGUUGGCGGUUAGGCAGGUUGCUCACCUUUGACAACGAUAACCACGCCUUGCGUUGUAGCUAUGCCUUUGAGAGACGCUUCGCUCUCGUUUCUCGCAUUUACUUUCCGUUUCCGCGGAACCCGUAAGCUAAAUCUGAGAAUGAGAUCGCCAGGGUGCACUCCAGGCCACAUCGCUGCCGGUGGUGAACUCACUCGCAUUCAAAACUGCUGCUGUCUUGCGAACAUCGGUUUUGAAUUGAAUCCAAGUUUGUCUUAACCAUGGUUAAUGGUUAUUUGACCAGGGAAGCGGACAGGUGAACGGGCAACAUCGUCAACCGUGGGCUACGUGGACAGACAAAAGCACCUGUUCUAGGUCCCUUCACGAAUUGUGUAGGCUACAGUAGGCUACAACCGUAAAACACGCGGGCGCGGUUCAAGGCCAAUUUAUUAACCAUGUCGGACGAACGGCUUUCACUGCCGAUUUUAAGGCGCCUAAGUUAUGCGGUCGGACACUUUUUGAACGAUCUUUGCGCAUCUAUGUGGUUUACCUAUUUUUUAGUGUACUACCAUUCCGUGCUUGGAUUUCGGAGCACCUACACGGGCCUUCUACUUCUUACCGGGCAGAUAGCGGACGGUGUCUGCUCUCCCCUACUCGGUCACGAGUCGGACCGGACCCAAGGCUGUGGCACGUACGGAAAAAGAAAGACCUGGCAUCUAUUUGGAACGGUCUGCGUGCUCAUUUCCUUCCCCUUCACCUUUAACCCGUGUGUGGGCUGUGGCGAGGACACGCCCCAGUGGGCGGAGCUUCUCUACCUCAUCCCCUUCGUCAUCGUCUCCCAGUUCGGCUGGGCCACCGCCCAGAUCUCCCACCUGUCACUCAUCCCCGAGCUGGUCUCCUCUGAGCAUGCUAAAGCGGAGCUGACUGCAUACAGGCAUGCCUUCGCUGUCAUGGCUAACAUCACAGUGUACGCUUCUGCCUGGCUGCUCUUUCACUUUGAAAGUGGGCGGGACGGCACGUCCAUCACAGAUGGCCUGGGCCAAUCGGAUAUCCCCAUAUUCAGGAACCUGCUCCUCGUUGUCAUGGGGAUUGGAGGCGUGUCCUCCCUGCUCUUCCACCUGGGCACUCGGGAGAGGAGCCAGGUGCCGGAGGAGACGGAUUCUGCCGAUGAGGAACGCCAGCCUUUCGUCAUCAGCUCGCAACAGAGCGCCGCGCCCAGGUCCCCGCUGCACUGGAAGCACUGGCUGAGAGAACCUGCUUUUUACCAGGUCACCUUCCUGCACCUGUGCACCAGACUGAUAGUCAACCUGUCCCAGAUCUACAUCCCCAUGUACCUCAUCAACUCCCUGCAGCUGCCCAAGACGUACAUCGCCUCGGUCCCCCUGCUGAUGUGUGUCAGCGGGUUCCUCUCCUCCUCGCUGAUGAAACCGCUCAGCAAACCGAUCGGCACAGACAUGACCUAUUUUGUAGGCCUCCUGCUCGUCAAUGGAUUUUCCUACUGGAUCUUGAUGUCCCGGGAGAUUGGCCCGGUCAUCUAUGGGCCUGCGGUGCUCCUGGGGUCCGGGUCAGCCAUCAUUCUGAUGACGUCAUUGUCCAUGACUGCCAAGCUCAUCGGUGAUCAAACGAGUGGGGCCUUUGUGUACGGGGCGAUGGGCUUCGUGGACAAGGUGGGCAGCGGGGUCGGCGUGAUCAUCAUCCAAAGCCUGCAGCCCUGCCAUGUGGCGGGGUGCUGUUCAGACUGUGUGCGGUACUACCAUGAUGUCAUCGGGAUUGUCACGGGGGGCGUGGCAGUCGCAGCUGCUCUCGCCCUCUGCUCCAUUGUUGUCUGUCCAAUCAGGAUUCGCCAUCACCCUGAGGAGAAUCUGGUAAACUGUGGAAAAGCUGAUCUUAAACAGACCUGCACUCCGUAUCUGGCCUGAAAGGGGGACGGACGGAAGGACGGACGGACGGACGACGACGACGAUUUCGACAUGGCGUACUUCUCGAACCGUGGGGGCUGCUGUCAUCCGAGAUUCGGAGAGCCAAUCGCGCGCUGGCCCGGCUGACGGACCGGCGGAAAAAACCAGCGCCAAGUCUCGCUCGCUCCCAGCGUGCCAGCGCAUCGCCAGCGACCGAGGCAAAAAACUGGCCCUUAAAACACCGUGAGCCCGAGCUGUAGACAGCAUUACCAGCCGUCCUCUGCAGAGGCCGCUACGUCCACGAUGCUCUGCGUAGCGUAGCACAGCGGGUAAGGAACUGGGCUUGUAACCGAAAGGUCGCAGGUUCGAUUCCCGGGUAAAGACACUGCCGUUGUACCCUUGAGCAAGGUAC